UGUGCAGAGGGAGCCAGAUAAUGAGGCACAGGGAGGAGUCACUUCCUUUGUCUGCUUCAGUGGUCAUGCUGAAGAAAAGCUGCAGUGAAAAUCCUGUGCUUGCAACAAUGGGUUCUGGGCAUCUUAUUGUGUUUGGCUUUGUGCUUGCAUGUGUCAGGCUUAGUGGAGCUCGACUCCUUAGUGUGAGAGAGCCGACCUACUGGGGAGUCGAGGCUGAAGUUGAGCCAGCAGCAGAACCUGAGAGAGAGCUCUCCAGGGAGUCUACUCAACAAGCUGGCAUGCUACAGGCCAAGCAGCUCCAGCCAGCAGUCCAACCACUCACCUGGAAGUUCCCAGAAGAUCCAGUGGAUUCUGUGGAAAAGCCCCCAAUCGAGUUUGAACUGCGGCAGCCAGCGUCGACCAACCGUGUUGCUGUGAGGUGUGGGGAAAGUAGGGUCAAGGUGGAAGUGAGCCAGGACCUGCUGGGCCUCGGCAAGCUGAUAGAGCCGGAGGAUAUCACGCUCGGUGGUUGUUCAGCCACUGAGAUCGACAGCUUGUCUCAUGUGCUGAUCUUUGAGUGCGAGCUGCACGGCUGUGGCAGCACGCUAGUGAUGAAAGAAAAUACCUUCGUUUAUGCUUUUACACUGGUCUACAACCCCAAAGUGUCUGGCAGAAGUCCCAUCGUGAGGAGCCAGAGUGCCGUCAUCGGAGUGGAGUGCCAUUACCCGAGAUGAGUUGAAAGCUGGAUCAGCCUGCAAAGAGCAACUUAAGAAACCAGCUUAAUGUGUAACAGCAAACCACAAUAAAAUGUGUGAAGUCUCACAAA